AACCCCUUCCUUGCCUUCUUCCCCGUCGCAAUCGUCCCCCUCCCUCUCCCUCCCUGCGUUGGGCCAUCCUUGCUCACGCCCCCUCCCCCGUCACCACCAAUCGUUAGCACAGCAACCUCCCAAGCCACAGGGAGGGACCCAAACCAGAUCUUGGCAGACAGGUGGUGGUUCAACUCCCUCCCCUUCAUUAGGUGUUUAUUUAGGUGAGCCACCCCACCGCCGCCGCCCACCGGAGGGGAGCAGCAGCCCGGGGGGCGGGGCACUUCAUCUUCUUCAUCAAAAGCUUCCUGCUUUCUUGGGGGGUUUUGCCAAGGAGGGGAAGGGGUUUUGGUGUUCUUGGGAGGAGGAAUCUUGGUAGGAGGCGCCUGGAUUUUGACUCCCAUUUCUGAUUGGUUGGUGGGUGGUGCCGGUGGUGAAGGCGCAGCUUCAGUCAUGGAGGCGGUCGCAAUGUCGCCAUCCUCCGUCUCCUCCCACCACCAUGAUGCUGCCUCCAUCAGCGAGGACAUCUCCUUGCAAGAAGGCCUCCUCUUCUCAGACAGCCUCAAGGACCUGAGGAAUCUGCGGUCACAGCUAUACUCAGCAGCAGAAUAUUUUGAAGUAUUCUACAGAAACAAUUCGCACAAAUCUACGGUGAUGACGAGUUUGAAAGAUUACACAGUUGAGGCCCUUAUUAGCACCGUGGAUCAUCUGGGUUUUGUGUCAUACAAGGUGGAUAAUCUUGUCAGCGAAAAAGCUGAUGAGGUUAAUGAAACAGAAUUUCGAGUAUCUUCAGUUGAACAGAGGGUACGAGUUUGCCACCAGACGAUUGAUCAGGAAGGAAGAUCUCAACAAUCUCUUCUCAUCAAGGCACCAAAAUACCACAGGCGUUACAUAUUACCAGGCCCAGAUCUACUGGAAUCUUCCAUUCAUCCAGUUUCAGAGCCUCCACGGUAUAACAGGCAAUAUAGAAGUCGCAAAAUGCACAAGAGUCGAUCUUGUAAGUUCAUUAAAUUUCUGAUCUCUAAUUUUUUUUUAAAUUAUUAUUGUGCCGUUGAUUUGCAACUGGUACUUCUUCCAGCCAUUUCUACUCCAGGUUGUCGACAGACUACAAUGAGGCAUGCUCGUUCACCAUCUCCUACACCUAAUAAUACAUAUCAUCGAUCACGGUCUUUUUCCCCUUCUCGAAAAGCACGAGCUAAAUCUCCAUCUCCUCGGAUCGUGAACUCAAAUACAAAAGAAACAAGGGCAGGCUCGCCAAUACCAAAUUCCAACCCUCUUGCACGGUCCACUACGGUUGCAAGAAGACCACCUGUGAACCCAAAGCAUUUUAGACAAACUUCAAUGCAAUUGCACACCGAUUGGAACAACCACAAAGAGCAGGAGAAAAGCUCAAGCAAAGGCAGGGGUUUCCUCAAGUCGUUGCUCACGAGGCGUAGGUGGAGGAAUGACGAGUCGUUGUACAGUUACCUGGACGAGUAUUGAUUACUGAGAUGUUUAAACCCAAAGUUUCAUGUAAACUGAAUCUUCACUAUUUCAGUUCUCUGA